AUGGAUGUCGACUCCUUCCGCAAGUGCGUCGCACUCGUCUCUUCGUCUUCCCUCCCGCCUGAGCAGCGGCGUGCUCUAGAGGCUUCGCUCCUUCAACUUCGACGAUCACCGUGCGCUGUGGACGUGUGCUCGCAGGUGCUGCAGGGAAGCGAUGUUUGCGCUUCCUACCACGCUGCCAACACUUUGAAGUAUGCUGUGCUCUUCAGUUGGCCGUACAUCUCGCCAGCGCAGCGUGAGAAGGCCUUGAAUGCAUGGUUCUCUGCUUUGGCACCGCAGCAAAACGUGCCAACGAGUGGGUGGCAACCUGUCAAGAACGAAGCAUUGCAAGCUAUCGCCUUGUACUUCAAGAAGAUUUACAUUGGGCGGAACGAGUUGCCAACUAUUCCGCACUUGUCCUUGGACGUGGCGGCUGCCUUCUUGCGCGCACUACAGGAUGGGAGGAACUUGGGCCUCCUUGCCGCUUCGGAAGCGGCGCAGCAGGCUGCUCAACAGCGCUUCGCCCACACUGCGCUGCUUCCCUUGCUUCGGACGGCUGCCACGGAGGCGCAUUGGGAUUGCCUGGCGGCGUGUGCAAACUGCCCGUUUUCAGAGAAGUCUGACGAGUGGCAAGCAGCUUGUGCUGAGGUGGCCCGAGCAGUAUCGACACGAGGAAAAUGGGAAUUGGCCCUCCAGCUCGCAGCACAGAGCCCGACAAUUCCGGCUGUUUGGGACUUGGUGGUGGACGCCUCCUCAAGGCCUGCCAGCAUCUACGCUGUGGCAAGCUGUGCCUCGAAACUGCUGACGGACCCCUCUCCGGGCCAGAGAUCAAGCUUGGCAAGGAUUGCAGCCGAACUGAUGCAGGUGGAUUUCAACACUGACGAGGGGCUGGCAAGUUAUGAUAGCUUGGUUGCCAUUCUGCGGGUUUUGAGCCGGCAACAGGACCGGGAGCUCAAGGAUUAUUUGGUAGACAACUUCUUCCAGCAUGUGCUUAUGGCAGCCAACGUGCCAGACGCAUAUGACGAGACUCUGGGCGCAUCAGGCCUUCACACGAGCUCCGGCCAUGACCUUUUGACACUGAUUGCAACCAUCGGCCGAGACUGCAAUCACAUCACCAGGGGGCUUCAGCAGCUUCUUUCGCAACCGCUUGAGAAUGAGCGCGCGAUGGAUGUUCGACAUGUUUCUCUGUGCUUUGCUUCGGAAUUUCUGGAGGUCAACGAGGAAGCUCUUUGCCUAGCUGCAGCUGUCAGUGCUCAGACAAAUGGUCUGAGCUCCCCUCUGCUGGUCGCUGACAGCUUGCGGUUUUUCCAAAGGGUAUGCUCUCGAGGCGUUUUGUUUAGUGACACAGCACAAAUUUUCAGCGUUGUGCUGGGUCUUCUUGAUGCAGAAGUUGUGGAGGAAGGGUUGGCAGUUCUGACUGAAGUGUCGAAGUCUGCUGAGUCGCGAGUGUUGUUUGCCUCACACUUUCAAGAAGUGUGGUCGAACCCUCAGAUGCCGUUGAGUUUGGUAAGUGGCUUUUGUCGAUGCCUGCGCAACAGCGUGUCGGAUGUGGCAGAGUUGGUGGUUCUCGCAGGCCCACUCCGACAGGAUGUCUUGAAGCAGUUGGCAAACUGGGAUCCCAGAUACGUCACCGGACAUCAGCUGGCGCUUACCGAGCGCCGCUUCGGGGCUCUGGGGGGCCUCGCACCCUUGACAAGUGAAUUCGAUGAGCCGAUCAUCCAAGCAUUGCAGACGCUGCUCGGCGGACGAUCUCCUGAGCAUUUGCUGCCCUGUGCGGCACCCCUGCUGGCUGCACUUGCCAGAAGUGGCAGCGUGUGUGGGCUGCGUUUGGCCGACAGCGUUUGCGUGGCAAUGGCAGCCCUCCCGGCCGAGAGUGAGAUGCAAGAACACGCGUUGGAUUUGUGCGCAUCUCUGCUUCAGGCUUCAUGCGCUCCAUGUACACAUGUCAGCGAAGCGUUGGUCAUUUUGUGGAGCAUGUGCUGCGAUUGCCACUCUAGACGAUGCUUUGAACUGCUGAGCAAGGCCCCGCUAACUCAAAGAUCCUUUGAGUGCUUAUCUGCGGGGCUUGGACAUCCAGAUGGUCAUAUCCAGCAAUUGGCCGCGCAUGCUCUUGCGGACAGACCUUUCAAAGGGGACGCCUCAGAAAUUCUGCCAAGGGUUCUACAGAUUGCGGUCUACCAAGAUGGGCCUCUGCUUGAGCGGCUGGCUGAUGUGUUCAUGGUCUAUACCACUGCUUCUGCCUUGAUGGCGGCGGCCAGCAAGUUGGUGGUGGGAAUAACUGACCACAUCCUGAAGGCCAUGGUCAUGCAAAGCUUUGAGAAGCUGAGCAUCCAGCAUGGCGAUCCCAAAGCGAAUGCGACCCAGGAGGCACUACUCCUGGGGGCUCGAAAAGCUGCAGAAGCAGUGGCAGACAGGGCUGCCAGGUCCGGCAAGACCUCCAAGGAAGUUGCACUGGCGGCCAGGCAGGCUGCAAAAGCCGUGGGCAUCGCGAAGGAAAGCCUCAUCGCAAAGACGGUCGGCUCGGCCUCGACACGAGCAGUUGCUGCCGAAAUGGGUCGCAAGCAGGCAGGCUGGCAGGAGAUCGCAGCUGCAGUUGCCGGUCUUUGUGCAAAUCCUGUCGGCUCGCUGUUGCAACCUCCCUCGUGCAUCCUGCCCGCAAGCCAGGCAGCAGCGUUGCAGAGCAAAUCUGGAGAACAGGCACUGACAUCCCGCAACAGGGGUGGAAAUCCGCAGCCGGGCAUCAAUGGCCACGAAAUCAGCAUGCUGUUCCACGCUGUUUCGGAAAGGUGGGACUGGCCGCCGCUGCCGCAACACGAGCCGCUGGGGCUGGCGGCUCAAGGACCAAGAGCAACCAUGCGGGGCUAUGCAGGGCUAAUGCAGAGCUUUUCGGCUCCAAAACCUGUGGAUUGCAACACGCCACACGAAGACCUGGGGGAAGCGCCCGCAGAAUCCCUGCUGCAACUUGCCACAAGCUGCCACAAGCUCCCUCUCAAGAUAUUGCCGGAAGAGCCAUUGCCCACGCACUCUUGCCGGGUGCUCGAAGUCUACCAGAGAGCUUGGCCCGUACUUGGCAUGUUUUGGGACAUCUAUGAAAGGCAAACCGGGGCAGGAACGAAGCUGGCGCAGAUCGUUUGCAGCGUCAUGAAUCUCGCUGGAAGUGCUUCAUGCGAUGCUUCUGCCUCACGCCCAGCCGGCAAGUCCACUUCGAAGCAGCACAGGUACACCCAUGGCUCACCGAGCUUUGCGACGUGGACAGCCGGCUUGAGAGCCUUGCUGGCGAAUGCGGAGGCUGAGGAAGAUGCUGAGUUCGACCGCGUUGCCCCGGCCCCGAGUGAAUGGCCGGCAAUGCACAAUGUAUUGAAGCUUGAGCUCAUGCCGCCUCAAGGGCGAAGUGAGGUGUGCGACGACUUGCUUCUGGAUGUGGUGCGCUUGUCAGCACACUUAGCUCGUUUUGCAUUGGCUGCAUACUCAAACAGGCUUUAUGGGCUUGUCUUUCCGGCCACAGCUUGCUUGACGCUGGCGUGCUGCAUCUCUGAACGUCGAGCUUUUGUCCGCAUGAGUGGCAUCCAUGAUGACGACAUACUGGAAGCCGAGACCGUUGCUCACCCUUUCAAGCCUGUAUGGUGGAUCUGUCAUGAUCGCGCGAGCUCUGCAAUCAUUGUCGCCAUUCGUGGUACUUUCAGCAUGUCGGACGUUCUUUCAGACGUGCUAGCCACGCAGGUGCUUUACAAGGAGCAUGUUAUACAUGAGGGUGUGCUGGCGAGCGCCCGAUGGGUUUACAGCAAGGUUCUCCCGUUGUUGCAGAGGCACAUCAUCCAAAUGGCGUCCACUGGACCUAAAAAGAUCCUGAUCACGGGCCAUAGCUUGGGUGGAGCCGUCGCCGCUUUGCUGGCUUGGAUGCUUCGUGAAGAGGCUGGCUGGCCGGUGCAUGCCUUCGUCUUUGGUGUUCCACAAGUCGUUGACCAAGCGCUGGCCUGCAAAAUGCAACAUUUUGUCACUGGAAUUAUCCACGCAAGGGACAUGGUCCCCACCCUUUCACAGAAGUCGGUGGAAGAUCUUCGCCUUCACGUGGCGCAGGCCGCCCAGACGCCUGAAGAGCGACUGGUGGAGCUGCAGGCAGUCUUGGCGAAGUUCCACCUCCCGGCAGAGCCAGCGCUCCUGCAGGAUGCACUCUUGCAACAGCGGCACCUCCAGGCUCCAAGUCCACAGCGCAACGUCAGCACUUCGACUUCGACCACGGUGUACGAGGAUGCUGCCUGCGACGUCGCGGAGCUGCCAGCAAUUCCUAUGCACAAUCCAGGCUGGCAGCUGCAUUUAAAAAGACGUGCUCUUGGUUCACGAAGCCGCGAGUUCAAGCCCAUUCUCUGGAGAAGCUCGAUGGAGGACUUUCUCAUCACAGUCUCCACAGCCACAACAGCUUCCACGAAUCGCGUCCGUCCGGCCUGGACUAUGUGGCAGGACCAUUGGCCACAGGCCUACCUCUAUGCGUGCGAGGCGCUGGCUGACCGUCUAGCUGCUUCUUUGGCCGUCGAGCCUACAAUCAGCAGCCUGGGACUGCCACAAGCUGGACGGGCGCAGGUCACAAGCAGCGCAGGUUCCCACUGCAACUUGCGGCAGGCGCUCUGCCACAUCGAAAGCUACUUCGAGGCCCCAUCACUGUGA